AUGGCGGCGUCAAACGUGUGGGGCAAUAAAAUCUACUCUGCUACCUAUAGCAGUGUCCCGGUCUACGAGUUCAAAGUCGGUGAUGAGAAUGUUAUGCGACGGAGAUCAGACGACUGGAUCAAUGCGACCCAUAUCCUCAAGGUGGCUGGUCUAGAUAAGCCUGCUAGAACUCGCAUUCUUGAAAGGGAAGUCCAGAAGGGUGUUCAUGAAAAGGUCCAGGGAGGAUAUGGAAAGUAUCAAGGAACUUGGGUCCCUCUUGCAGAAGGGCGAAACCUGGCUGAGCGGAACAGGAUUCUUGACAAACUCCUGCCGAUUUUUGACUACGUAGCUGGCGAUAGAAGCCCUCCACCAGCUCCCAAGCAUACAACGGCCGCGUCAUCGCGACCAAAAGUGCAAAAGAAUGUUGCGCCAACUAGGAGACUUGUGUCUGAGGAGUCGUCAUUUUCUCCCAUGACACAACAUGCGAUCCCCCCGUCAUCAAGUUUUAGCCAGGACCAGCAAUUUGCUUCUGUCAACCAGUCUUUCCGUGAUGAUGAGUCAGUCGCACAAGCAAGUAUCGAGUCGUCCUCCAUGAUAGCAGAGGACGAUAUGGUCCCAAUGUCCCGGCAUUCGAUUCAGUCGCGGAAGCGAAAACGCGGUUUGAGCGACGUCAGUCUGAGCAUAAUUGAACAGCAGCAUAUCAUCUAUGGUGACCAGCUUUUGGACUACUUCAUGACUGUAGGGGAUGCCCCUGCUGCGACUAGGAUAUUGCCUCCAGAACCCCCGCCUAAUUUUCAAGUUGAUCGGCCCAUUGAUGACCAUGGAAACACAGCUCUCCAUUGGGCGUGCUCAAUGGGCGACAUAGAUAUCGUUCGAGAUCUAAUAAACCGUGGCGCAAAUAUAAAGGCAUUGUCGAACCAUGACGAGACUCCACUGGUACGUGCUGUGUUGUUUACGAAUAAUUACGAAAAGGGGACCAUGCAGGAGUUAGCGGACCUUCUCCAAGACACAAUCACUUUCAGAGACUGGUUUGGCGCAACUGUUUUCAAUCAUCUGGCUGCAACAACAAGGAGCAAGGGCAAGUGGAAGAGCUCGCGAUAUUAUUGCCAAACACUGAUGGAAAAACUGAAUGAUAUUCUACCGCCUCAUCAAAUAUCCCUACUCCUCUCUUCCCAAGAUUCAAAUGGAGAUACUGCUGCGUUGGCAGCAGCAAAAAAUGGAUGCUACCGUCUUGCUACCAUGCUUUUAUCGCAGUGUCCCGAAGCUGGAGAUAUCAAGAACAAGGCGGGAGAGAGUGCCCAUGCCGUCCUUCGAACUAUCUCACGUCGCCAUAACGAUACCUCGCUCCCUCCGUCCUCUGUCACUCCGCAGAGCGUUGUCGAUCUGGACCAUCCCGAGUUAAAUCAUGUUUCUGAAAGAAUAGCCGUUUCCCGACCGGCCACUACUGGCUCUGACGCUAUCGCGUUACUCUUAUCGAGAAUAGGAUCCAUAGUGGAGGAGACUACUAGGAAACUUGCUUUAGCUUAUGGCGAGGCAAAAUGGCCUCCUCAAGGUACUGAGGACUUCACCAACCCUCAAGGGUUAUACGAACAUGUCGAAUCCGAUCGGGAAAAUAUCAGGAAACAAUUAGCUUCUCUGGCAAUGGAGAGUGACGCUGAAGAUCUCGAAGCACAACUCGACCGUUUUAACAGAGUGAAACUAGAUUACGAAGCACUCCUCGAACAAACACAACGGCUACGGCUCCUCAAACGUUUUCAAGAAGCGGGAGUCGGACUGGGCGUCGAAGCCAAUGCAGAUCCCAAUCACCCUGCAAACACAAAUUCCAACAUAGAGAAAUCCCCAACGGCAACCACAAAGAAGAAAACCUCGCAAGAGCUUACCGAAAUCUACCAUCUCGCCCGCCAGCUGGCCAACGCUCAACAAACCCGCCAACAAGCUAUACAAGAUCUCAUACAGCAAAAGGCCGAUGCGGGCGUGAGCACGAAGCUCGGCGUCCAUCGCAAGCUCGUCUCACUUGCCACGGGUUUGCCGGAAGAGGAACUAGAUCCAAUGUCAAGUGAGCUUGCCAAUGCGCUGGAAUUUGACAGGGUGAACCAGAAAAAGGGGGAAGAUUUUCCGUUGUUGGGUGAUGGUGACGUUGGUGGGUUGGAUGGGGAGGAGUAUGAGCAGCAGCAACAGCAAGAAUUUGCAGGCCAGCGUGACUCUGUGUCGACGUCCAUGUUGAUAUCUAUGACGCGCGGCAUGGAUGAGAGAGCUAUUCCGAGCUGA